AUGGAACUCUAUCUGUCGUUCCUUGAACCACAUCGCAUCCGAUAUGUCACUAACGACAACACUAUCGCACACGACGACCAUGUCGAGGCACGGUACGAGUUCACCACGACUGAAGGAUCCCAUCGCCUUCAAGGAGACCUCCGUGGACAAGACUUGAUCGACCAUUUCGACUUUGACGUCAUAUGGUCCGAUAAGGAGAGCCGCACCGAUUCGUUUGGCAGCGUCCGUGGUAUCGGCGCUAUCCAGCGCAUGAAGAUGUGGCGCGACCGAUAUACGACAUAUCACUACCUCACUUUCUACGCAAAUCGCACCGACCGGCGGUACCGCGAAUACCUGGUGUAUUCGUUUGAUGCCGAAAUAAAAAACCGCGAUGACAGCCACCGGCGGCUCCGUCUCACAGUGCGCGGACGCCGCGGUAGUGCCACCGACAGUGGCAGCAGCAAUCAUGGCGGCAGCAGUGGCGGAGGCGGUAGUAGUUCUGGUCGUCGUUUCUCCGUGACAUCGUUACGACAGCGACCACGCACUUCUAGUAGUCACCACCAUAGCAGCGGUCAUGGCAGCUCAUCACAUGCUUCCAGCUCACGCAGCUCGCACAUGAGCUCUGAUCAGGCUUCAACAGUCUCGCCACCUUCGUCGACAUCAUCUUAUUCUCCAGGCAGCGGACUCGACAUCCGAUUCAUUGAGCAGUGGACGAUUGCCCAGAACGCAGAUGCAGAGUUUCGCGGUGUCCCCUUCCCUUCUGACCGUUUCGAGCUUCCGUCUCCUGAAAUCUUCCCCGGGAGCAACGUGGCUUCGUCAUCCGUACUAGGCCUGUCUAUCGUGGAAGAGCCUCCAGAGGGAUACGAUCCAAGGAGCGUCCCAUCCUAA